AUGACUAGCUACCAUAAACCCGACGAGAAGACGCUGCAGGGCCUGAAAGACAUCGCUAACAAGCUGCGGAUCAACUCUGUCAAGGCGACAUGCGCCUCCAACUCCGGGUAAGUUUAAACGUAAAAAGGAACCGGUUUAUGAACGUUGCGUAAUGUAGCUAGCUAGCUAACAUCAGACGUUGAACCGAACGGGGCUGCAGUGACAGUUGAUCUCAAAUUUGAUGACUUUGUUACUUUGAGUUUUUUUGGAAUUAAAUUUAAAGUAUGCACAUUUUUUUUCCAAAAAUGUUUUGGGUGGUUUGACACUUUAUUCAGACAGUAAUGAGAUGGAGAGACAGGCAAAUGGGAGAAACGGUUGGAAGAAGGGAUUGAUCCCAGUUCUCAGUGUGUUACCACUACACCAAGGCUCUGCACAUGAAACUAUAAUUACAUUUUACAUAUUUAGCAGACGCUCGUAUCCAGAGCGACUUACAGUUAGUGAGUGCAUACAUUUUCAUACUGGUCCCCCGUGGGAAACGAACCAACAACCCUGGCGUUGCAAGCGCCAUGCUCUACCAACUGAGCUACAGGGGACUAUAAUAUUAAUGGUUGAUGGCUGUGGGUAACCAAAUCAUAGAAUGCAGUCUCCUUGUCUAUAGACUGUUUUCAAGAUAAGGACACAAACACUUUGUUUUUUGGGUGAACUAUCUCUUUUAAAAUAAGGAUGGAAGAAAAUCCUGUUUGCUUUCCAGGAGGGUUGGCCACCCCUGAUCUGUUUCCCACGUGUUUGGUGUUUGAAAAUGAAUAAAGGACGAGUGUGUUUGGGGGUUUAGAAAUAUCCCUUUUGUCCCAAAUGAACUGUUCUCUCUUUUAAGCUUGGAAUUUCCUUAGUCACGGACUAGCGCAGCUGCAGGGAUAUUGAUCUAAAUAAUUACAUUGGGCUUCUCUCUCAUUGCAGAGAAGUAUUCAAGCCAAGUCGAACUACACUUUUCUCACCAUUAUUGCCACAUUACAGAAGUGCUUCGUUCUCAACAUGACAUUCUGAACGUGUCUGUCACUGUGGGAAAAAUAAGAGACACCAAGAUGCCUAUAUACAGAAUAGGGUGCCAUUUGUUACGUAUGACCUGCAUUCUGUUAGUGUGUGUGUUUGGGAAAGAAGGGGACACUACUGAAGGGCUACAAAAGAAGUUGUCACCAUCGAAGGGUAACUUUGUGUCAGCCCAGAGCAGCUCUAGCCAGUCUGUCUGCUGUCGUGAUGCCAACUCCUUGGCACUAUGGAGUUGGUAAGAGCGCAAACAGAUCUGGGAUCAGGCUAAAGCAACUCCACUGUUCCUAAGAAUAAAAUGUAGUUCUCUCCUCUGUUACAAAGAUGCAGAUUCCUCUGAACUCAUGAGACAGUAUCUAUCCAGGCCAAGUGUUUCCUGGUUACAACAUUGGGUAUAUAAACCUCACCUGUGGCUUAGAUAAGGGCCAGUCUUUCACUUAAACAAUGAGGAGGAGGAGCCAGAAAGAUAGAGGAAAUUGUCAUCUUAUAAACUGAAAAGAAGCUAUAAGCAAACUUCCUCCUUAACGUCUAUGAUCAUUAUUUUCAAGUAUGAAGACCAACCUGUUUUUGUGAUCACUUCCUGGUCUGUCAGAGAUUUUAUUUAUUUAUUUUUUAUUUUUUAUUAUUUUUUAUUUCACCUUUAUUUAACCAGGUAAGCCAGUUGAGAACAGGUUCUCAUUUACAACUGCGACCUGGCCAAGAUAAAGCAAAGUAGUGCAAUAAAAAACAACACAGAGUUACAUAUGGGGUAGAGAUGCCCAGUUGUCCACAUCAACAGUAUCCAGCACUGAUUCUGCACAUGUUCACUUUCCUGGUUAGAUAACGUAAGCUGCCUGCGCUUAAAUAAAUACCACACACGGGUUAAAUCGGUCUAGCCUACUUCCCAAAUAUAGGCCUAGAUUAGGAAUAGAAUAUUGAUCAGGAAGUUGAUUAGGCCUAGGCUACCGUUAACCGAAUCAUUGAUUUUAUUACGGACUACUACAAUACUAAUAGAAAAUAAAAUAAUAAAAAGCUGUAUCUUAUUAUAUUGCUCGCUUAUCUUGCACCUUUUCAGUUUAUUAUGGGUAAAUCCAUUUGAGUUCAAUCACUUUUUGACAGCAUCCCCUUUUUGGUUUAAACAAUGUUCCGUACAUGCUUGCCCAUGGAAGAAGUGGUCAAAAAGUGACUUUGGACCUGAAUGCCAAAACAUUCAGGUGAUAAAGGUGCUUAAAGUUGAUCCAUUUUGCAUACCAUACCAUGAGACACCCAUGGCUUCAUCACUGGAAAAGAGAAACUGUUGCGUUUUGUCAUUUUUUAAAAGCUUCAAAUAAUUUAAGUCAUUUUUAACCUUAAACGUCAAUUAACGCGUAAACUCAGAUUUUGUUUUCUUUUUCUUCUUCAUAUUCACGUUAUAAGAUGGGCUAUUUCCUGGUGAAACUUCCUCCAUGUAUUGUUUUCAGUAAUAAAUGUCACCUACCCAAUGAGACCACCUCAGAGCAGGCUCAACUUGCCCUGCUCCUUUAGCCUAAACAAUGUGGCUCCCCCUGACUGGCCGUGAUUGCACACCACAUACACUUUCCAGGAAAGAGAAUACAUUUGAAGUAUGAUGAAGACUAACCUGUUAUUGCUAACUUAAAAUGUUUUUGUCACUUCCUGGUAUUCAGACAGUUGUCCACAAGGAAAACACAACCUGAUAAACCAUGAUUCCCUUCCAGGGAAGGUUUAGUCCUUUCUUAGAGAAAUUAAGAGUAGCCUAUUUUCGAAGUAUGUUUUCAAUGUUCGCUAGAUGGUUUGUACGGAAUGACACGUUUUCCCCAAAACGGAGCGCACUGUUCUUCAACAGCCUUUUUGAGGUACGUUUUCUCCUGUGUGGUGGGUGUGGCCUGAUCAAUAUAGGUAUGACCAUCUGAAACUCGUCCAUCACAACAUAUAUGAAAUGGGCCACCAUAAUAACGACGCCUCAACUGGUCCUUCUGGACAGUACCGUUUCCGUUCACUUCCACGUUGUACACCGUUCUGUCGUUACUGAACGCAAGCCUGGUCUACCGCACUAGUUUUUCAUCAUUUAUUUAAAUGUUUUGUCAUUCAGCAGACGCUCUUAUCCAGAGCGACUUACAGGAGCAAUUAGGGUUAAGUGCCUUGCUCAAGGGCACAUCGACAGAUUUUUCACCUAGUCGGCUCGGGGAUUAGAACCAGCGACCUUCCGGUUACUGGCACAAAGCUCUUAACCACUAAGCUACCUGCCGCCCCUGUCUGGAGACUUUAUUGGUGGUCUUCCACACAGACGUAUGGACUGCUAUAUCUUUUUUAUUUUUAUAUAGCACGUCUUUUUAUUUGAGCUGAAAAUCGAUAUAAAUGUAAACUAGAAAGCGUAAUUAUCCUAAAGAAGAAUUGCUUCUGUUGUCAAAGUAUUUAGUGGGAACUUUGACUAUACUUUUCUGUUACAGCAGGUUUCUGACACUGGAAGAUCAUCUUGUGGGUAAAUGGUUGAAAUAGCACGCUGUUGAAUGCCAGUGACUGUUUGAAUGAUAUAAUGUUCCAAAUGGCGUCCUUAUGGGCCCCCCCGUCUAAGGUAACGCACUAUAAAGAGAACAGCCGUUUGGGACGCAGCCCACGCGUUCCACUGACUGUCCCCAUAGGGAGUGGAGUGUUGACAUGUUCAGGUUAUCAGGAAGUAGAUAUGCUGUUGGUCAACAACGCAUGAGAUUACAGGAAGUAGCGACACUAUUAGUCAACAAUGCAUGUUUCUUUUUUUUUUUCUUCUUUUUUUCAAAAACUGCCAGAUCUUGCAAUAUUCUGAACCACCACUGCUCUUAGCAAAUAACUGUGUUGCAACACUGCUUGGCUUUUCUGUGGAGAUUCUGUGGUAUGAGGCCUCUGUCUCCAUCAUGACGUUCAGGUAUUUCAUGCUUGUGCUCAGUGUUCUCUCCCCUGGGGAAAUAUACAGUGAGCGCCAAGUGUUGGGGCCGUAACGUUUUGACUCUGAACUCCAGCGCUUUGGAUUUGAAAUGAUACAAUGACUAUGAGGUUAAAGUGCAGACUGUCAGAUUUUAGUUUUAGAGCCCCAGAUCGAGGGAGAUUAUCAGUGGUCUUGUAUGUCUUCCAUUUCCUAAUAAUUGCUCCCACAGUUGAUUUCUUCAAACCAAGCUGCUUACCUAUUGCAGAUUCAGUCUUCCCAGCCUGGUGCAGGUCUACAAUUUUGUUUCUGGUGUCCUUUGACAGCUCUUUGGUCUUGGCCAUAGUGGAGUUUGGAGUGUGACUGUUUGAGGUUGUGGACAGGUGUCUUUUUAUACUGAUAAGUUCAAACAGGUGCCAUUAAUACAGGUAACGAGUGGAGGACAGAGGAGCCUCUUAAAGAAGAAGUUACAGGUCUGUGAGAGCCAGAAAUUUUGCUUGUUUGUAGGUGACCAAAUACUUAUUUUCCACCAUAAUUUGCAAAUAAAUUCAUGAAAAAUCCUACAAUGUGAUUUUCUGGAUUUUUUUUCUCUCAAUUUGUCUGUCAUAGUUGACGUGUACCUAUGAUGAAAAUUACAGGCCUCUCUCAUCUUUUUAAGUGGGAGAACUUGCACAAUUGGUGGCUGACUAAAUACUUUUUCCCCCCACUGUAUUGGUACAAAUUCACUUGUGUAGUAAUGUAUUUGGUCCCAUAUUCACAGCACGCAACGACUACAUUAAGCUUGUGACUCUACAAAUUUGUUGGAUGCAUUUGCUGUUUGUUUCGGUUGUGUUUCAGAUUAUUUUGUGCCCAAUAGAAAUGAAUGGUAAAUAAUAUAUUGUCAUUUCGGAGUCACUUAGUGGCAAGAAAAGAAUGUGUCAUAACAUUUUAUUUAAUCUUCAACCAAGUCACGACAAUAGACACAGUGUGCUUAAACUAAUAACACACAAAUUAUUGUAUUUUUCUUGUCUAUAUUGAAUACAUCAUUUAAACAUUCACAGUGUAGGUUGGAAAAGUAUGUGAACCCCGUAGGCUAAUGACUUCUCCAAAAGCAAAUUGGAGUCAUAAAAAACUCAAAAAAUGUGUGUGUGCUAUUCACAAGAAGCAUUGCCUGAUGUGAACCAUUCCUCGAACAAAAGAUCUCAGAACACCUAAGAUUAAGAAUUGUUGACUUGCAUAAAGCUGGAAAGGGUUACAAAAGUAUAUCUAAAAGCCUUGAUGUUUAUCAGUCCACGGUAAGACAAAUGGUCUAUAAAUGGAGAAAGUUCAGCACUGUUGCUACUCUCCCUAGGAGCGGCCGUCCUGCAGAGAUGACUGCAAGAGCACAGCGCAGAACGCUCAACGAGGUUAAGAAGAAUCCCAGAGUGCCAGCUAAAUACUCACAGAGCUAACAUCUCUGUUGACGAGUCUACGAUACGUAAAACACUAAACAAGAAUGGUGUUCAUGGGAGGACACCACGGAAGAAGCCUUUGCUGUCCAAAAAAAAAACAUUGCUGCACGUCUGAAGUUCGUGAAAGAGCAGCUGGAUGUUCCACAGCGCUACUGGCAAAAUGUUCUGUGGACAGAUGAAACUAAAGUUGAGUUGUUUGGAAGGAAGGAAGGAACACAACACUGUGUGUGGAGAAAAAAAGGCACAGCACACCAACAUCCAAACCUCAUCCCAACUGUAAAGUAUGGUGGACGGAGCAUCAUGGUUUGGGGCUGCUUUGCUGCCUCAGGGCCUGGACAGCUUGCUAUCAUCGACGGAAAAAUGAAUUCCCAAGUUUAUGAAAGCCUUAGAUUCACCUGCAAAACGUCAUCUGUCCGCGAAAUGACUCAACAGGACAACGACCCAAAACCCAGAAGUAAAUCAACAACGGAAUGGCUUCAACAGAAGAAAAUACGCCUUCUGGAGUGGCCCGGUCAGAGUCCCCGACCUCCUGGCCCGGUCAGAGUCCCGACCUCCUGGCCCGGUCAGAGUCCCGACCUCCUGGCCCGGUCAGAGUCCCGACCUCCUGGCCCGGUCAGAGUCCCGACCUCCUGGCCCGGUCAGAGUCCCGACCUCCUGGCCCGGUCAGAGUCCCGACCUCCUGGCCCGGUCAGAGUCCCGACCUCCUGGCCCGGUCAGAGUCCCCGACCUCCUGGCCCGGUCAGAGUCCCGACCUCAACCCGAUUGAGAUGCUGUGGCGUGACCUCGAACAGGUUCACACCAGACAUCCCAAGAAUAUUGCUGAACUGAACAGUUUUAUAAAGAGGAAUGUUCCAUAAUUCCUCCUGACCGUUGUUCAGGUCUGAUCCGCAACUACAGAAACCGUUUGGUCGAGGUUACUGCUGCCAAAGGAGGGUCAACCAGUUAUUCAAUCCAAGGGUUCCCAAACCUUUCCCACCCUGUGCUGUGAAUGUUUACAGUGUGUUCAACAAACGUACAAUUGUGUUAUUAGUUUCUAAGCAGACUGUAUGUCUGUUGUUGUCACUUAGAGGAAGAUCAGAUCAAAUUGUAUGACCCAAUUUAUGCAGAAAUCCAGGUAAUUCCAAAGGGUUCACAUACUUUUUCUUGCCACUGUAUAUUGUGAAUAAGAAUAGAAUAUGUUUCUAAAUACUUCUACAUUAAUGUGGACGCUACCAUGGUUACGGAUAAUCCUAAAUGAAUUGUGAAAUGUUAACUUUCCUCACUGGUGGUGGGAGUGUCCUGGUCUGGUGGUGGGAGUGUCAUGGUCUGGUGGUGGGAGUGUCAUGGUCUGGUGGUGGGAGUGUCAUGGUCUGGUGGUGGGAGUGUCAUGGUCUGGUGGUGGGAGUGUCCUGGUCUGGUGGUGGGAGUGUCAUGGUCUGGUGGUGGGAGUGUCAUGGUCUGGUGGUGGGAGUGUCCUGGUCUGGUGGUGGGAGUGUCAUGGUCUGGGGCUGCAUGAGUGCUGCCGGCACUGGGGAGCUACAGUCCAUUGAGGGAACCAUGAAUGCCAACAUGUACUGUGACAUACUGAAGCAGAGCAUGAUCCCCCUCCCUUCGGAGACUGGGCCGCAGGGCAGUAUUCCAACAUGAUAACGACCCCAAACACACCCCCAAGACGACCACUGCCUUGCUAAAGAAGCUGAGGGUAAAGGUGAUGGACUGGCCAAGCAUGUCUCCAGACCUAAACCCUAUCCAUUUUAGAAAAAGGCUGUAACGUAACAAAAAUGUUGAGAAAGUCGAGGCGUUUUGAAUACUUUCCGAAUGCACUGUAUAUGCAACUAUAACGUGAGUGGUUUGUGUUCCCAUUAACAGCUGGUUGUGAUGUGAGCGUUCACUAACAGACUGCCCUGUCUCUCUCCCCUCUCUCCUCUCUCCCCUCUCUCCUCUCUCCCCUCUCUCCUCUCUCCCCUCUCUCCUCUGGUUGUGAUGUGACCUUUCACUAACAGACUGCCCUGUCUCCCCUCUGGUUGUGAUGUGACCUUUCACUAACAGACUGCCCUGUCUCUCUCCCCUCUCUCCCCUCUCCCCUCUCUCCUCUCUCCCCUCUCCCCUCUGGUUGUGAUGUGACCUUUCACUAACAGACUGCCCUGUCUCUCUCCCCUCUAACCAGUCACCCCACCACAUGUUGCAGUGCAGCAGAGCUCAUGUCGGUGCUGUUCUUCCAUACGAUGCGUUACAAAGCCAUGGACCCACGCAACCAGUGCAACGACCGCUUCGUACUGUCUAAGGUGAUCCUGCUACGCGCACUCACUCACUCCACACACACUCUCACUCUCUACACACACGGUUCACCUGUCAAGGGUUCUCUUUCAAUUGCACUACAUUUCCCAUGCUCCCCUCGGCGUCGUGUACUGUGUUCUGAUUGGCUGCUGUGUUCCUCCAGGGUCAUGCUGCACCAAUCCUGUACGCUGCCUGGGCGGAGGCGGGCUUUGUGAAGGAGGCUGAGCUGGUCAACCUGAGGAAGCUCGACUCUGACCUGGAGGGUCACCCCACACCUGUAAGUAACCCCCACACCUGUAAGUAACCCCCACACCUGUAAGUAACCCCCACACCUGUAAGUAACCCCCACACCUGUAAGUAACCCCCACAGCUGUAAGUAACCCCCACACCUGUAAGUAACCCCCACACCUGUAAGUAACCCCCACAGCUGUAAGUAACCCCCACACCUGUAAGUAACCCCCACAGCUGUAAGUAACCCCCACACCUGUAAGUAACCCCCACAGCUGUAAGUAACCCCCACAGCUGUAAGUAACCCCCACAGCUGUAAGUAACCCCCACAGCUGUAAGUAACCCCCACACCUGUAAGUAACCCCCACAGCUGUAAGUAACCCCCACAGCUGUAAGUAACCCCCACAGCUGUAAGUAACCCCCACAGCUGUAAGUAACCCCCACAGCUGUAAGUAACCCCCACAGCUGUAAGUAACCCCCACAGCUGUAAGUAACCCCCACAGCUGUAAGUAACCCCACUGUACUGAAAAGUUGUUCAUUUAGGUUCAAAACGGAAGAAAACUGACAAACGGGAAGGGACUACCUUGUGUUUUCCAAUAGUUGCAAGAUGUUUUGAAACGUUUUCAGUGGUGUGCCCUCAUGAACGUGGUCCAGCUCAGGUUUGAUUUAACUCUUGACUGUUCUACAGAAACUGGAGUUUGUUGACGUGGCAACGGGGUCUCUGGGACAGGGUCUGGGGGCCGCCUGUGGGAUGGCUUACACCGGGAAACACUUCGACAAGUCCAGGUACACACACACACACACACAGUCAAAGGUUUUUCACACACCUACUCAUUCAUUUUUUUUACUAUUUUCUACAUUGUAGAAUAAUAUUGAAGACAUCAAAACUAUGAAAUAACACAUAUGGAGUCAUGUAGUAACCAAAAAAGUGUUAAACAAAUCAAAAUAUAUUUUAUAUUCUUCAAAUAGCCACCCUUUGCCUUGAUGACAGCUUUGCACACUCUUGGCAUUCUCUCAACCUGCUUAUCUAAAAUAUAUUUUGAUUUGUUUAACACUUUUUUUUUUGGUUACUACAUGAUUCCAUAUUUGUUAUUUCAUAGUUUUGAUGUCUUCACUAUUAUUCUACAAUGUAGAAAAUAGUUUUAAAUGAAUGAGUAGGUUUCUCAAAACCUUUGACUGGUAGUGUAUGCCCUCCAAAGCCUUAACGCUAUCCCUCAAAGCACCUCUUACAUUAUAGUCAUUUAGCAGACGCUCUUAUCCAGAGCAACUUACAGUUAGUGAGUGCAUACAUUUUCAUACUGCCCCCCCCCCCCGUGGGAAACUAACCCACAACCCUGGCGUUGCAAGCGCCACGAUCUACCAACUGAUUGUUCUCGGAAGGUUAAGGGUCACCCACAGAGGGUGUUGACAGUUUGAAAGAGCCUUGUGUACUCUUUCUGAACAGAGAGCAGUAAUUCUUUAACUUUUGGCAAAUAUAUUUCAAUAUAUCAGGCGUGCUGCAGUGCCUCCAGAACCCGAUGAUUCAGUAAUAAAAUAAAUGAAGUGCAACGCUGGUGAGAUUAGUUGCGAGCUCUUGUCGAUCAGAGCAGAGAGGGCGGGAGAGAUCAUAGAAAUCUAAGAGAGGUACAGGCACUUCUCAAACAGCCACGUGUUGCUCUCAAACAUAAGUAACAAUGUUGCGCAAAUCAUAAGCCAGGGCUGGCACAACCCGAAUCAACUCUUAGAAUAUCAGGCCCGGGCUGAGAAUCUACUUUUACCGGAUCCGGCCAAAUAGGUUGCGGAAACAAAACAGUCCAAAACGGAGAGAGGUGCAGGAUCUGGCUAAAAUUAAGCACUGUAACUGCUGUUGCCGUCUUGAACAUGUCUCUUGUUAAAGUGAAUUUCUUGAGAAUGAGAGUAAUCUGUUUUUAUGAAAAUGUAAUUUCUCUCUGUCCCUAGUUACCGUGUGUACUGUAUGCUGGGUGAUGGGGAGUGUUCGGAGGGGGCUGUCUGGGAAGCCAUGGCGUUUGGUUCCUACUACAACCUGGAUAACCUGGUGGCUAUUAUAGACGCUAACCGCCUGGGACAGAGUGAAGCUGCUCCUCUCAAACACGACAUGGACGUGUACCGCAAACGCUGCGAAGCAUUUGGGUCUGUACCCUCUCUCUGUCUCUGUGUCUCUCUCUGUGUCUCUCUCUGUGUCUCUCUGUGUCUCUCUGUGUCUCUCUGUGUCUCUCUGUGUCGGUCUCUGUCUCUGUCUCUGUCUCUGUCUCUCUCCCUCUCCUCCAGUCUUAUUCAGUCUGUCUUCCGUACUGCCCCGCCCUCCUUUAAUUCUUGAACUCUGUGUAGGUGGAACACGUAUGUGGUGGAUGGUCAUGACGUUGAGGAGCUGUGUAAAGCUCUGUGGCAGGCCCAGCAGGUGAAGGGGAAACCCACUAUGAUCGUAGCCAAGACCUUCAAGGGCAGAGGACUCAAAGGUAUGGAGAGACUGGGGAAGCAGAGGUCUGGGAGAGACUGGGGAAGCAGAGGUCUGGGAGAGACUGGGGAAGCAGAGGUCUGGGAGAGACUGGGGCAGCAGAGGUCUGGGGAAGCAGAGGAGAGACUGGGGAAGCAGAGGUCUGGGGAAGCAGAGGAGAGACUGGGGAAGCAGAGGUCUGGGGAAGCAGAGGAGAGACAGAGACUGGGGCAGCAGAGGUAUGGGAGAGACUGGGGAAGCAGAGGUGUGUGAGAGACUGGGGAAGCAGAGGUGUGUGAGAGACUGGGGAAGCAGAGGAGAGACUGGGGAAGCAGAGGAGAGACUGGGGAAGCAGAGGAGAGACUGGGGAAGCAGAGGAGAGACUGGGGAAGCAGAGGAGAGACUGGGGAAGCAGAGGAGAGACUGGGGAAGCAGAGGAGAGACUGGGGAAGCAGAGGAGAGACUGGGGAAGCAGAGGUGUGGGAGAGACUGGGGAAGCAGAGGUGUGGGAGAGACUGGGGAAGCGGUGGGAGAGACUGGGGAAGCAGAGGUGUGGGAGAGACUGGGGAAGCAGAGGUGUGGGAGAGACUGGGGAAGCAGAGGUGUGGGAGAGACUGGGGAAGCAGAGGUGUGGGAGAGACUGGGGAAGCAGAGGUGUGGAGAGACUGGGGAAGCAGAGGUGUGGGAGAGACUGGGGAAGCAGAGGUGUGGGAGAGACUGGGGAAGCAGA